GCCAUGUGACACAAUGAAUGUUAUUGUUCGUUAUUAUUAGUAUUUCUUAUGUGACGUUAAAUUCAUCGGCGUUUCUCGAGUGGAAAUCAUUCCAAACAAUCUACAAUGUACCAUACAUAAUUUGGAGUAACCUCAAAAUUGAGGAUAACCUGAAGGAUAGUGUGUCACGCGUGUGAAUAACUACAAUUAUCCCACUUUGAAAAAGUCAUUUAAGGUUAGGGCCAUAAAUGAUUAAUUAAUUGGAAGAAAAAUUAUAGCUCCCAAAGAAUUGAGGAAGAAAACUUGCUGUUACGAGCAGAUUGGGAUUUGAGUUCUGAAAUUACAAUGUGUUCAGAGACAGAGAUUGUAAAAUUGUAAUUAAGUUGUUACAAUUAAUAAGUACAUAGAUCAGAAAGAAUUGGCAGACUAACUGCAUCGUUACCAUGCAUGUUUACAUUGAAAAGAUUUUAAACUGCGCCGUGUUGUGUAUUUAUCUCCGUACAAUAUGGCUCGUCGUGAUAAGCAUCUUGUAUGAAUUUACCAUGCCUUGGAUCGUAUGGGGUAUGAUGAUUGUCAUGAUCGGAGUAAAACUUGCGAGGGUUCCACCACCACACCCAAGCAUCGUGCAGGAGGUCCUCGGAAUCGACCCUUUUGUCUCCGACACUCAGACAACCAACGACGUCGACCAUAAGAGCCAGGGUAACGGGGACGGGUAUUGCAUGCGAGUGGUGGCUCACCGUGGUGGAGGAUACGAUUACCCCGAGAACAGCUUGUCAGCCUUCCGAAAUUGCAAAGAGAAAGGCUGCACUGCUGUAGAACUUGACAUAUCUCUCACCAAGGACAAUGUUCCAAUAGUGUUCCAUGAUGCUACCAUUGAAAGGCUCGCUGGUAGAGAAGGAACGGUGCGAGACAUGACUUGGGAAGAAAUAAAGGAAAUAGACAUUGCGUACACUCAUCCUCUUCGGGACAAGUUUGGCAGCUCUGAGAGGAUCCUUCUUUUAGACGAUGCCAUUGGAAUAUGCUUGCAGAACGGUCAGCACAUUAUUAUGGAUUUAAAAGAAAAAGGUCCUGUAAUGGUUCAGACUAUUUUAGACUUCUUUUCAAAAUAUCCUGAGCUCCUUAGAAGGGCAGUUGUCUCUAGCUUUGACCCAAUUGUCGUGUACAUGAUACGAAGGAAAGAACCACGUAUAGUAUGCAGUCUAGCUUGGAGACCUCAAUAUUUCUCCAGGCAAGCUUAUUUAGGGUUGGAUGGGCCGGCGCUACCACGCUUUGACAAUCCCUUAAAACAUUUGAUGGCCUGUCUAAUGGACUGUAUUUAUGGGUGGGCUUUUCCUCGGUUUGUGUAUUAUAUUGUAGGAGUUUCGGCCGUUCUACUGCACAAAGAUAUGAUCAAUCCUAAAGUGAUUUGUCAAUGGAAGGCAAGAGGAGUACGAGUGAUGGCGUGGAGUGUAAAUCAGCCCUCAGAGAAGAUACAUUUUUCCAGGCGACUUAGAGUGACAUACCUGACGGAUACAUUACUAGCAGAGAAGAUUUCGUAGCAACGUUCAUAACAUUGACAGGUUUCUAGUUUUAGUUACACUUAUCUCUAAUCUUCUAUAAACACGCGGGGAACGGUUACAAAUUAGACACUUGGCCAGUUAAGAAA